AUGAAUAAAUUCCAAAUUUAUAUCGAAUCUACACAUUAUAUGACCAUGCCGUUUCGUUUUAAAACUUUAUUUAGUUCUUGCUUUUUAAUACUGCCGUAUUUUCUUUUCUCAAUUGGAAUUACAUUUUACCAAAGAUCAUUUUUACAAAUGUUCCAUUUUCCGCUGCUUGUUGUUUCGUGUCACUUGGUUUUAAAAUUUCUUGCUUCGAUUAUUUUUCGGAACUUAUAUCAUGCAAUUAUAAAAAUUCCUUUUGUACAAUUAUCUUGGGACAGUAAAGUUACAAAAUUUGCACCUAUUGGAAUUUCCAGUGGUAUUGAUGUUGGAUUUUCAAAUUGGGGCCUAGAACUUGUAAAUGUUUCAUUGUACACUAUGACAAAAUCAACGGCUAUUAUUUUUGUGUUAGUUAAUGCUUUGAUUUUACGUUUGGAGAAAGCAUCAGUGGCACUUUUCUUUAUUGUAUUUUCAAUCUCUGGAGGAUUAUUUUUGUUCACAUUCAAAACCACAGAUUUUAGUACAUUAGGAUUUAUUUUAUUACUAACUGCAUCAUUUGCCAGUGGUUUUCGUUGGACACUAUCUCAAUUUGUUAUGCAGAAAGCCGACAUGGGCAUGAAAAGUCCUGUUGAUAUGAUGUAUUUUAGUCAACCCUGGAUGUUUAUUGCAAUAUUUCCUAUUUCAUUGUUUUUAGAAGGUAAUGAUUUCUGGAAUUGGUGGAUUAAUAAUGAAAACAUUCAAUGUUAUCAAAUGGUUGUACGUAUAUUAAUUGGAUCAUGCCUUGCUAUUGGACUUGAAGUAUCUGAAUAUUUUGCUGUAUAUAAAACAUCAAGCAUUACAUUAAGUGUAGUUGGUAUUAUCAAGGAAAUUUGUAUUUUGAUAUUGGCUGUGGAAUGGAAUGGUGACAAAAUGACGACCAUGAAGUUCUUAGGUUUAGCAAUGUGCAUGAUAGGUGUUAUUGGACAUGUGUGGCAAAAGUUUUCAAGAUCAAUUGAAAAUCGAUAUGGUAUUAUUGACAAUGAAGAUAAUAAACAUUUAACGUUACCAGAUAGUGAUUCUGACUCUGGUGAUUCAAAUAGCUCAACUGAAGUGCUUUUUGAUAUAUUAAACAGGAGACGUUCAUAA